AUGUUGGCAGUCAUUUUCGCCUUUUUCACAUCGAUCCUUCUGAUUGAUGUCACCUAUCAGGUCUUCUUCCUGUCUUUCAUGAAAAGUUUCAAUUCCUCAUUCAGCAACGUCUGGAGUGUUGGAAUUACUCAGCCUCCGCCAUAGUUUUUCCACAAAUCGGCCAUACAACGCCGCCUCUUCUCGACUAUCGUCUUCUCUCUCCAGAACCCGUGAGCACCAAGGUUUCUCGAGAUAAGUACAUAAAUCGACUUGAAGGUGUGUAGAACUCAACGAAAAAUGCCCAAGCUCAACGACCUCCAGUUUGCGUCGUCCAGCUUUGUCGCAGUGUGUGAACAAUGUCCACAGUGAGACAUUUUUCCAAUCUUCCCCUCUUGAAACGAUCCGACUUUCCUCUUGUCUAUCGUCGGCGCGGUUAAAGAAAACUAUGAAAUGUUUCGCAAACAAUAGAAUGAGGGAGAGGAGAGCGCAGAGAAGUCAGACUUUGACAGGCUACAUGAAGAGUUGGAAACUGAAGAUGGCAGUUACAGGUGCUUCAUAACUCUGCCGAAGCGCUUCGAGCUGCCCCUCCAGUGGUCCCUCGAUAGAAUCUUCGUCGUCGCGAAGCAGCAGCCGCAUCAUCGGCCUUUCACGGACGUCCCUAUCCACUACGUGAUCGUCGAUCGACUGCCUUCUGUCCUCCGAGAAUGUCGCGUCGUCGUCUUCCGUCCUGUUGAGGCUUUGAAACCCGGCGGCGGCCCUGUUUCAGCUCUUUUCGCCAUCGUAGUUGCUCUGCUCUCUCUUCUUCUUCUUCUCUUUCUUGCCACUUUGUUCCGCUGUAUCUUUUUCAAUCUCUGA